AGUUAAACCCAUCCGUGAUUCUGUACUUCCGUUCUUCUGAAGCAGCACCGCUCAGCGUGCUCGAGCUGAAAGAAGAUGGAGAUGGCGGUGCAGGUGAGGCCUCGACCGAGCGUGACGCCGUGGCCGUCGUCUCUUCCCUUCUCCGCGAGCCUGAAGAUCAGAGCAGACGCGACCGGCGGCACGACGAGGGCAAGCAGAAGGCGGAGCAUCCAGGCGGCGUUUUCUCCCUCGGUGUCAUUCCGUCGAACAGCUGAUGAGCAAUCUUCCUCGAAAGGCGAACCCAGUAGUCUUGGUGACGGGACGAGAGGAGGGGGGAAUGCAAAGAUGAAGGCGAGCAAGAAGAGGGUCUUCUUCUUGGACGUGAACCCUUUGUGCUACGAGGGGAGCGCUCCCAGCCUGCGCUCCUUCGCUCGCUGGAUUUCUCUCUUCUUCUCUCAAGUCAGCCGCGACGACCCUGUCGUUGCCGUUCUUGAUGGGGAAAGGGGCAGCGAGCAUCGGAGACGGUUGUUACCCUCGUAUAAAGCACAGAGGAGGAAAUUCUCAAGGCAGCAUGGGUCGCCUUUGCUAAGAUCUUCACGGAGCUCAGUGGACAGAUCUCAUCGAUUCGUCGUAAAUUUCCUUAAGGAAUGCAAUGUGCCGGUCAUUAAAGUUGAAGACCACGAAGCAGAUGAUGUCGUAGCUACUCUCGUGGAGCAAGCUCUUCAAAAAGGAUAUCGAGUGGUCAUUGCCUCUCCUGAUAAAGAUUUUAAGCAGCUGAUAUCUGAAUAUGUCCAGAUUGUUAUGCCUGUGGAUGAGUUACAGCGCUGGUCCUUUUACACUCUGAAACACUAUGUUGAGCAGUAUAACUGUGAUCCGGAUUCCGAUCUGAGCCUUAGAUGCAUCCUGGGUGACGAUGUUGAUGGUGUUCCGGGAAUCCAACACUUGGUUCCAGCAUUUGGUCGGAAAACUGCCGUCAAGCUGCUCAAGAAACAUGGAUCAUUGGAAAAUUUGCUAAAUGCUGCAGCAGUAAGAACUGUGGGUAAGGAAUAUGCACAAGAAGCCCUAACAAAGUAUGCAAAUUAUCUGCGAAGAAAUUAUGAAGUUCUAGCUCUGAGGAGGGAUGUCAAUGUUUUUCUUCAAGAGGAGUGGUUGGUUGAAAGAAACUCUGCUGGUGAUUCAAGAAAUUUAUCUACCUUCCUAACAUUGCUGGAAGAGGCAAAGCUCCAUCAUCACAAUAGACAUCAUCCUCCAAAGAAUUUAGCCUCAGAAGAUACAGCAUGUUGAGGCGGAGAGUUGCGGGACAUCUUUUUGGCAACCUGGCACAAUGGAAGGCGGUAUGUUUAAGGGAGAGAUUGAAGCAGAAGAUGAAUUUGGCGGAGCAAUCUGGUUCCAAAAUACAGUUCAGUCAAACUCCACUUAUCCAACCACAAGAGGUAUAACGGGGAUUUUUUUAAUUCCUGCCGCGCCUUCCCCAUGAGGCUUGUAUAUCUUUCCGUGGAGGAGCAACUAGUUUUUGACAGAAUCGAGUUAUACAGAGUGCAGUUGAUUUCAUUUGGUUCAAGUGACUUCCAUUGUGGUCCAGUUACCCAUUAAUUUUGUGCUGUUGAUGGUGCAUAUGUUUUCAAGGAAGUUGAGCUUGAUAUUCUGUGUAUUGUAAAAGCUACUGACGGUAGAUACAUAUAGAUGGGAUGCAUCUCUUCUUUCCAACAAA